GCAAAUUUCUCUCUCCCUCUCCCUUUUUUUUACACAUUUAUAUCAAAGAGGGUGAAAAAAAGUACAACCCGAAGCGCCACUUUCGAUUGGCGGGCCUAAAUUCAGACAGCACUUUGCUGUAGACUGUCUCAGUAUGGCAGAAUCAGGACGCUAGACGGAUUAUCCGCCACUUUCGGAUAUUUAACGUGCCCACUUUUUACAAUUGUUUUUUUUUUGUUUGUUUAAUUUGAAAGUAAACAAAAUAAAAAUAUUUCUACUUUUCUAAACGAACAAAACAACAAAAUUAAGUUUUUCUGUGAGUAAAAAAGAAAGUCUGGAGAGAAGAAAGAAGAAAAAGUUUGUGUAACUACAGUAUGCUACAAACUGGAAAAUGAGGAUAAAUAAGUUGCUGUUGGUAUGCACAUUAGGGGAAAUUAUAUGGCUGACAGCUGAUUGUGGAAAGAGUUCUGUCACCCAGAAAUUUUCAACCGGAAAACAGCUAAAGAACAGAAAAACUUUCAGAGAGGGGGCGAAUUCUAGAUUAUUUAAAGAAGGCAAGAAGGACAGAUGCCAGAAAUAUAAAAAGAAUAGUAGAAUAUCCGUUGAACAGCGAUUAUUGAAUUAUCUACUCGUCGACUACGAUAUAGACGCAAGAGGCGUUAAGGACGUUAAUAAUACUGUAAAAGUCACCAUAGAAUUUCUACUACUUCGAAUUCAAGGAUUAGACGAAAGGUCGCAAGUACUAACUACUACUGGCUUAGUGAUUACGGAAUGGUUCGACGAGAGGUUGACGUGGAACCCUGAAAAGUACGACAACUUGACAGACGUUGUAAUACGCCCAGAAAGGAUCUGGCUACCAGAACUUGCUUUAAUGAAUGGAGCGGAUGAACUAGCACCGGAUUUCAAACAGAUAAGGGUUCGGUUAAGUUACAAUGGAAAAGUUCACUGGGAGCCUGGAGGAAUAUUUACGACAACUUGUGACAUAGAUAUAAGAUAUUUUCCAUUCGAUGAACAAUUGUGCCCUAUUCAAAUUGGAGCUUGGGCAUAUUAUAGUGCUCGUAUGAAUUUAACUAAUGCUACGGGUACUAUACCAACGCAUAACUUCCGAAUGAAUGGAGAGUGGCAGGUCAUUGGAACCUCGGUUGAAUGGUUAGAAACAAUUCUACCCUGCUGUCCAGAUACGAGAUAUCCAUACGUUCAAUUUACUUUAUAUUUAAGGAGAAGGCAUGCUUUUUACAUUAUGAAUAUAGUCCUACCCUGUUCGUUGCUCAGCGUUCUGGUUAUGAUUGUUUUCUGUCUACCUCCUGACGCUGGCGAAAAAAUAAGUCUGGGAAUUUCGGUAUUAUUAGCGUUUACGGUUUUUCUUCUAAUGGUUGCUGAGAACGUUCCGAGGACUUCCCUACAUAUUCCUAUUAUUGUCAUUUAUCUCACCUGUACAAUGGCCUUUGGUACGGUAUCUGUUUGCCUAACCGUCCUAGUGCUCAACCUUCACCACCGGGAUUCUGAAAGGAAGAUACCUAAAUGGGUUCGGAUUAUUGUUUUGAAUUAUUUGUCUAAGCUACUGUGUGUAUCUGCUAGACGGCCAAAGUCAUUAGCUGAUCGCUUGCAUGCUGUUGAUGAAUUGGAAAACAAAACUAACGUCCGACACGGUUUAGGCCAAAUAGCAACUGACAUGAGUUUAUUAAGGCCGAUUUUACAAGAAGAAUCGGCUAUGCAAGCUAACCAAGCAUCUUCUACAAGGGAAAAUGGCCAACCCGGUAAAUACUCUUCGAUGAGAGACGCUAUAUUUCCAGUUUUCCAGAAGGAAAAAAAGAGAUCGGAAAAUUGCCAAGAAUGGAAAGAAUUGGCGCAUGUUAUGGACAGAUUAUUCUUCAUUCUCGUGUUUAUAUUCAUGAAUUUGUCGGCCCUCAUUAUAUUCCUGGUACCCUACUAUAGGGAACAGUUGAACGUGCCUCAACCGGUCGACGAAGAGAGGAUCUGAUCUGCAAUUUUCAAAGCAAUAAAGAAGAGGCGUUCGGAUUUUUCUUUUUCUAUGGAAACUCGAAUUAAUAAAAUACGUGCUGUAAAAUUAAACUUUAAUAAUACAUUCUAUAAACUUGUUCAUAGUUUUCAUAUUUUUUCAAUUUAAUUUAUGAAGAGAAGGCGAUUUUAAUUUAGCAAUAACAUCUAUUUUUUUAUUUUUCAGCUUUAUACAUGA